UCUGCACACUGACGUUUGAUAACAAUAUGGCGGACGUUCCGAAUGACGCUCCUCAGCAUUGUCCAGGAACGAGCAGCGAGCAAGCUGGCAAGUCUUCAGCGUGUCAAGGAUGUCCGAACCAGGCCAUGUGUUCCACUGGUGCUCCCAAAGCUCCAGAUCCUGCCAUCGAGGAGAUCAAGCUGAAGAUGUCCACUGUGAAGCACAAGAUUGUGGUUCUGUCUGGGAAAGGAGGCGUAGGGAAAAGCACCUUCAGUGCACACUUGGCUCACGCUCUGGCUAGUGAUGAAUCCACAGAGGUGGCUCUGCUGGACGUGGACAUCUGUGGACCAUCGAUACCCAGAAUGAUGGGGCUGGAAGGAGAGCAGGUUCAUCAGAGUGGCUCUGGCUGGUCUCCCGUGUAUGUAGAAGAUAACCUGGCCGUCAUGUCCAUCGGCUUCCUGCUCAGCAGUCCUGAUGAUGCCGUGAUCUGGAGAGGACCGAAGAAAAACGGCAUGAUAAAGCAGUUCCUGAGAGAUGUGGAUUGGGGUGAGCUGGACUACCUGAUCGUGGACACGCCGCCAGGAACCUCUGAUGAGCACCUGUCUGUAGUGCAGUAUCUGAGUGGUGCAGGUAUCGAUGGAGCUGUUAUUAUAACUACACCACAGGAAGUGUCUCUGCAGGACGUACGUAAAGAGAUCAGAUUCUGUCAGAAGGUCAAGCUGCCAAUCAUCGGCGUGGUGGAGAACAUGAGCGGCUUCGUGUGCCCUAAAUGCAAGAACACGUCUCAGAUUUUCCCUCCGUCCACCGGAGGAGCUCGGCGGAUGUGUGAGGACCUGAGUCUGCCUCUGCUGGGACGAGUUCCUCUGGACCCACGUAUAGGUCGAAGCUGUGACGAGGGAAAGUCUUUCCUAACAGAAGUGCCAGAUUCUCCGGCGGCUGCAGUCUACCGUGCGAUAGUGCAGAGUAUAAAAGAUUACUGCGCUUCCGGUUCUUCCUCAGAUGGAAACACGAAUAUGGAGUGAACCAUCAGCGCUGGACAAAAACCGUCUGUGGUAUAAAUCACAAUCACAAUCGAUUCCUGAUUCGGAUUCUACACAAACGUCUCUUCUCCUCUGUCUUACGUUCUUUAUAGGAGUUCCAAAGAAAUAAACCUUCGUCCGAGUUUAUGGGGUUAAAUGAACAGUUCCCUUUAAUUCAUCGCUAAACAAGAAGCUAUGGUAAUGGUUUAAAUCUUCCUCUUUAUAAACACCAGCGAAGCAUUUAAAAGAGGAACAUUAUAAACCAUUACCACGGCGGAGGUGCAGAAUUUCUGAGCUGAAUAUAUUUAUUUAUUUUUCCAAUCGAAUGGUGUAAAGCGUACAAGUUUGCAUCGUACAAAUUUGCAUCGAGACACGAUUUACAUGACGAGUGAUGAGUCUUUAAUACAGCAUGUAGUCUUUAAUAAACCCAGGUCUGAUCCGCAUCGUCGUCUGAUUUCACAUCUGAUCUAUUUCUCUGUUUCCCAAACGUCAGCUCCGUAAAGCUGCGAUCACGAACCGCUAAAACGCCGCCACGGCUAAACUCGUGCUAGCAAAAGGAUCAGAUAUUAAAUCAUAACAUCAUAAUAUUCACAUUAAUCCUAUGUCUUGACGUAGCUUCGUUCUAGAAAUAAACACCUCAUUACAGUGAAAGUCUAGAAAUUAGAUUCGUUACCUUCGUACGUGGUUUCUAACGAAAACAACGCAGAUAUUAUAAAUAUGUCGAUAGUUUUUUGAUUUAAUAAACUUUUGAUUUUCCAUCAUUUUUCUACACGUCGUCUUCUCUCUCUUCCUGCACGACCUUUAUAAUACAGCAGCGACGCCGAACGUGGAAGUUUUUAAAAAACACGCUGAAAAGGUCUGAAAUAUUUAACCAAGAAAACGCUGCGAAGAAGAAAAAAACAAAGUUAUGUAAACACACUGGAGGUUUUUUGUCCUGGGAUUUACCAAAGGAACCGUUUUUCUUUUGUACUUUUUAUUUUGUUUAUUUUUUUUCUUUAAUAAAUCAGGAUCCUUGUGAAAUUGUA